UCUCCUGCUUAUGUUUCUCUGCAUUUCGUUAUCUGGUUGAAGGACUGCCCAGGUUCUGGAGGUUUUCAAUGAAUUUUCAAGAUGCUGAGAUGUCCAUGUUGGUAUCGGCAUUGUAUAUGGUAAACGGGGUGUCUUUUCGUCAUCCUCAUCUCCUCAUACUCUGAGCAUUUAGUUUAUUGGCAUCGAGAAGAGCUGGAUAAGUCUUGAAAUUGGACCGUUGCGAUUUUCGUCGAUAUCAACGUAGCCCCAGUAGGUUCUGCCGAUCAAGCUGCAAUUCUAUUGUUUCAUCACAAGUGUGGCCAGGAAAAUCCCCGUAUUGGCUGAAUGUUGAAGGCCCUUCUGAUGAUGUGUUAAAGUCUGGCUUUACUCUGCCCAAUUACACAAAAGUGGACUUUGAGCUGCAAUGGACAGAUUGCAAGUUUUAUUGCCGCCAAAUCAAAUACCGAGAUCAGCAAUUUACACUGAGUUGUUUUCUCUUCCUGCAAUCUCUGUAUUUUAGGGGUUAGGGUUGUGGAGGUAAAGGAACGUGUGACUGUGAGGUUUAUGAUAUAUCCGCGAAAAGUUCCGGAGGGUUCUUCCCUUAAUAGGUCAGCCGCGUUUUUGAAUCUGGUGAAAGUCACGAAAGCUCUUGCAGAUGCAGAAAUGACAGUCAAACUCAACCCCACGUGGGAAAAGGGCUAUUUCAGGAAGGGAUGUGCACUGGAGGCAGCGGAGCGCCACGAAGAGGCCCUAGCUGUCUACAGGGAAGCGGCGGAAAAGAACCCACAGAGUGCUGAGGUUGCGACCAAAAUAAAGAAGCUGACUCAAUUGCUUAGAGACAAGAAGCGUCACCAGGAUAAAGCAUCAAAAUCGAAUGGCUCAAAGCCAGUCUCAGGCAUUGAACAGCUGAAGUUGGAUCUGACUUCAGGACCCCAGAAUCCCGAAAACAUCGACGAACUGUUCACGUUUUUGAAAGAGACAGUCGAAUCAUCAGUACAAACAUGGGAUAGCACUAACGGAGGAAAAUUAGAUCCAGCGGUGCGGUUUCUUACUCCAAAAGGAUCCACUUCUUCCACAGAGCUUGUGCACGUGACCGUGGAGAAGGCAUUUGAAUCACCCGACACAUUUCACAAUUGCGUUUUCUCAUUACAAGAAUAUGCUGUGGAAUCGAAGGCAAAAGCAGCAUGUCUUGUAGUGCCGAAAAGAAGUAUUGCUUAUCCCCAGGUAUGGAAAGGUGAAGGUACAAGAACAUGGAAAGGAACCCAUUCAAACGGUAUUUUCGUUCAGUUCGAGUGUCCCGCGAUGAGGAGAUUAUGGUUUAUACCCAGCAUUAUUGAGAAAGGGCAGAAUGUUUGCAGGGCACCAGAACUGUUGGACUUGGAACUGCAUCAAGUUUUACCUCCUCUGUUUAGAUAACAUCAACUUGAUCGCUCUGGAUUCCUUGAACUUGAUUCCAAUUUAUGUAUUCUAGUCUGGCUUAUCGAACUUAGUGCUGUGGCAGUAGUAGGAGCAAUUUUUUGGUGUCUUUAUAAUUGGAAGCAAGCUUCAGUACUGUUGUCCUUUUUUAGGCAGUCUGGGCACGAGCUUUUGAUUCGUGCUUGGCAUUACUGUAGGUCAUUUUCAAUAGACCAACGAGAGGAAGUCUCAAGUUGUUUGAUGGCCCCUUUGUAAUGAUUUGCCUUAGCAGAAGGCCAGUGAGUGAGGGUGCAGUUUUCGGCAUAAUUUUUAGUAAUUCGGGUUCUUGCUACUUCUCUCUACCCUGGAGGCAAGUGGUUGCUGUAUCUCAAUCAGUUUUAAUCUACAAAAUCAUUAGAGCCAACAGAGCCUUGU